CGGAGGACAAUAGCAGGCGGGCUGCGGGCGGCUGCAGUCGGUACCCGGGUGCUCUAGCGCGCUGCUCGUCGCUCUCCCCACGACUCCUGCACCGAAGCUCUCUGGCCAAGAGUACUUUGGACCCCCGGCCGCCAUGACGGGCAGUAAUAUGUCAGAUGCCCUUGCAAAUGCUAUAUGUGAACGCUGUCGAGCCCGUUUUGAUCCAACUGAACGUAUUGUAAACAGCAAUGGAGAACUGUAUCAUGAAAACUGCUUUGUCUGUGCUCAGUGCUUUCGCCAGUUUCCAGAUGGCCUCUUCUAUGAUACACCUCUGUCGGCCUUGCCACAAUCGUGAGAAAGCCAAAGACUUGGGCAAAUAUAUUUGCCAGAAAUGUCACUUGAUAAUUGAUGAACAAGCUCUUAUGUUCAGGAAUGACUCCUACCAUCCAGACCAUUUCAACUGCACCCACUGUGGGAAGGAAUUGACCGCUGAUGCCAGGGAACUGAAAGGAGAGCUCUACUGCCUGCCGUGCCAUGAUAAGAUGGGCAUUCCAAUCUGUGGGGCUUGUCGGCGGCCUAUUGAGGGUCGAGUGGUCAACGCUCUAGGAAAACAAUGGCACGUUGAGCACUUUGUUUGUGCCAAAUGUGAGAAGCCAUUCCUGGGACACCGGCAUUAUGAGAAAAAGGGUCUGGCUUACUGUGAGACUCAUUACAAUCAGCUCUUUGGAGACGUCUGCUACAACUGCAGCCAUGUGAUCGAGGGGGAUGUGGUAUCUGCUCUCAACAAAGCUUGGUGUGUAAACUGCUUCUCCUGUUCCACCUGCAACAUCAAGCUCACCUUGAAGAAUAAGUUUGUGGAAUUUGACAUGAAGCCAGUGUGCAAGAAAUGCUAUGAGAAAUUCCCUUUGGAGCUGAAGAAAAGGCUGAAGAAGUUGUCUGAUCUGACCUCCAAGAAAACACAACCCAAAGCUCUGGAUCUGAAUUCUGCUUAAACAGGUCUCUGCAUCUUUCACACUGCACUCUUCUUCCCCUGUGGCAAUCACCCAAGAAUGGUUAAAGGGCCCAAGACACACAGAACCUCACCAGUUGCAUUGUGUAAUCUGAAUGUUUUCUGCUCAGGUAUAUAGCGCAGAGGCUGGCCUUUGGGGG